GUUUAAAUGAUUCACUGUGGGGUUUAGUGGCUAGGUAUUUUCUUUAGGCAUCCGCUCUCACUUUAAGAACGCAAGGGAUCACGUGUACUAUGAAACGCUACUAGUUUGGGAGAAAGUUUUGACAAGGCUCUGACUUGUUCCAACUUACCGUUGCAAACAAUUGCAAAGAUCUUACCAACUUUAUAGAAACGCGAUGGACGGGAUUGCUCAGAAAAUGAUGUCAGGAUUCAGUCUUGAUCUGGCUCCACUGAAAGAGCCUUUGGCGUUUAUUCGAGUCCUAGAAUGGGUAUUCUCUAUAUUUUCCUUUGCUACAACUGGGGGGUAUUCUGGCUCCACCAGCAUCAAUGUUCAAUGCCUAGGGACCACCAUCAGCCAAGAAGUGUCGGCCAUCUUUAGCUACCCCUUCAGGCUGAUGGCGCAUUCAUACCAAGUACCCAGCUGUAAGAACGCCACAGGUCCCUCUGAGCUGUUCUUGACUGGGGAUCACUCGUCCUCAGCUGAGUUUUAUGUGUGUGUUGGAGUCUUGGCCUUCCUCUACACCACUGCUAGCCUGGUCCUUCUCCUGGGAUACCAAAAUAUGUACAGAGACAGCAGUCGCGGCCCCAUUGUGGAUCUGCUGGUGACUGCAGCUUUUGCAUUUCUGUGGCUGGUGUCCUCAUCCGCCUGGGGCAAAGGCCUGACAGACGUUAAGUGGGCCACCAGCCCCUCGGUUCUCGUGAGCCUCAUCCCUGUUUGCAAGGACAUCAGUAACAAGUGCACACCAGGCGCCGUGCCUCACAUGGGCCGCCUCAACUCCUCUGUGACCUUUGGAUUUCUCAACCUCAUACUAUGGGGAGGUAACUGCUGGUUCAUAUUUAAGGAAACUCCCUUCCACAAAUCAGCCUCCCCUCCUGCAGAAGUGGAGGAUGGAGUGCGGCCGUCCUAACUAAAUAACACGAAUUUCAAAUGUGUUUAAAUGUAACACUUGCCAAAUUUGAAAACAUUUUACAGAAAGUGUCCAAAAUGGUACAUUGAGUCAAUUGUGGGUCCUGACCAAGUGCAGAUAUUGAGGUAGGCACCAUUUGUAGGUCAAAACUAAUAACGUGUAAUUCAUUUCAGCUUGAACUUUGCAUGUUCCUCUUAAUUUUUCAUUAGAUAUCUGCCUUGAAUAAGACAGAUUUUCCUAAUCGCAUACUGUUUAACUCGUUCAAACUCAAUGUUUGUUAUAUAAAAAAAGAAGUUGAGUAAUUGAUGGGCAGUUCCUGGAAGUGAAUGCCUUACUCCUGUGUUAUAAAUGUUAAUUAAGACACAUUGCAUUAGUAAAAAGCCAGCAAACUGUA